GGCCAAUCAGCCGCAGGAGAGCAACCUAUUCUGUAUACAAGGCUAUUGGUCCGUCCGCGGGGGCGUGUAAGCAACACAACACUGAACAGGCCGUGCCGGCAGUAAACGACGUGAAACUUGGCAUGGCGACCACUCGCCACUCCGCAUCACCUCUAGUUCCUCCCGUCCCCUAGUCUCUGCAGCAAAACAACAUCUUCCCUUUGUCUUUUAUUCUCGACGCUCGUCUUGCGCCUUUUAAUCUCGACUCUCUUUAUCUCAAUCGAGUAUCACCUUGCUCAAUCACACAUGAUGAGGUCUUCAGACGAAGGCUUCAUUGAUGGCGACGAUGUUGUCGCAACUGGUCCCGCAGUCGCAGUUGACCAGCUGCCACUGCAAGCUCGUGAAGAGCUUGUAUAUAAAUUACUUGCUAGUUUACCGCGUGCUCAGAUUGCGCGAGUGCAUCGGCGGAUUGCACCGUCGGUCCAAGUCGACAUUGUCGGGACUCUUCCAUCGGAAUUGGCGUUACAUGUGUUUUCCUUUUUGCCUUGGCAGGAAUUGCUAAUCGCUGCACUCGUAAGUCGGCGAUGGCGCACUCUUGCAGAUGACAACUCGCUGUGGAAGCGUCUUUGUGCACAACGCGGAUGGGUAUGGCGUUGGCCUCGGAUUCCGCAUGACCCGGUGCCACUUUUUGCUACCAGCUCUGGUGAACGCGACGAGGAGUUUCACGAUGAAGGUGUCGGUGACGAUGAGGACUCCGACGGCUCCGACCAUGGUAACUCGACGGGGCAUUCUCAGACGGUUGUGUAUCACGGACAGCACCAUCCGUAUGCUUUCGGGCUUCCUGCCACACCCCGGAUAAACCCUCCAGCGCGUGCUGCAACGUUACGGAAGCCUCGGCGUUCGUCGCCCCCUCCAGUUGUGCCUAUCUCACGAAGAAGACCAUCCGUGGUUCGCCGCUCUGCACCGUCUGUCCUACCAGCUGCUGAGCCACCACGAUCGAAUUACAAACUAUUGCACCAGACGCACAUCCUCCUCAAGAAUCGCCUUGUACACGGAUCGUUCAGGUUCUCGACUCUGCAGACCCGUGGAACUCCGAAUGCACACACGUCGAUCAUCUACUGUCUGCAGCUAUAUUCGUACCCUGACGACGCACGCCAGGUACUAUUCACUGGUAGCAAGGAUCGGUCCGUACGCGAGUGGAAUUUAAGCACGGGGAACGUGGAGCGUGUCUUUGAGGGAGCACAUAAUGGAAGUAUACUCAGCUUAUGCGUGCAUGGAAAUUACCUGGCAACUGCGGGUAGCGAUUUCUGUGUUUGCGUGUGGGACCUUCGCGAUGGGUCCCUUGCGCAGACGAUAACGGAUCACCAUGAUAGCGUGCUUUGUGUUCGUUUUAAUUCGAGACAUCUAGUUUCGUGCUCGAAGGACCGGACUGUUCGCCUGUACCGAUUCCAGAAUACCUCCAGUGGGAAGAGGACGCCGCCAUUGAGCGCGGGCACUAUUUUGGGUACUCACCGGGCAGCCGUGAAUGCAGUCGCGCUUUCGGGUUCUUUGGUUGUCUCUGCGUCGGGCGACAAAUCGAUGCGAGUUUGGGACGCUAAUACGGGUACACUCUUGCGUACACUGGAGGCGCACCAUGCGCGGGGUAUAGCCGCAAUUGAUAUCGCUCCGCCUCUUGUGCUCUCUGGCUCAUCAGAUAAACAUAUCCGUCUAUUUGACGUUGAGAAGCGACGCGGGUGGAGCACGGCGCCUGAAUUCCACGAUCCGUUACCAACGCGAGGAAGUAGACAAAUUUCGGUAUGUCAGGCGUGUGGAGGGGCGGUUGGCGAUGGCGCUGCAGCGGAGAGACGUUGCGUACAGAUUAGGCGUGCGAGUGUCGCUGCGAGUGAGGUGCAUACUGAUCUUGUGCGGAGUGUUGCACUUGGGCCUGAUUUCGUUCUGAGUGGGAGUUAUGAUCAGUCUAUCAAGGUAUGGGACCGUGAGACGGGUGCAUUGCUUGCGGAUCUGAGUGGUAAACAUGAAGGCCGUGUCUUUUGCGUUGGGUUCGACUGUACCAAGAUUGUUUCGUGUGGUGAAGACCAGAAAAUAUGCAUAUGGGACAUGUCGUAUGGGAUUGACACGUCGUUCAUUCAGCUCUGACGGAUAUUUUGUUUAUUCGUUCUUCUUCUCCCCCUCUCCUCUCCUUUCUCUUUUUUCUUACUUUUCUCUCUCUUUUUUUCCCUCUCUUUUGUAAUUGUUAAUCGUGAUGAAGGUGUAGGCUAUUAAUAUCGGAAGUGAGAUUGUGAUUAAGCAUGUGUAGAUUAGACUUUUC